GCCCUCGUCAAGGUCGAGAAAGACGCUGUCUUGAAGAAGAUGAAGGAACAGCAGAAGCAUUCGUGCAGCUGUACCGUCUGUGGGCGGAAGCGGACAGCCAUCGAGGAGGAGCUCGAGGUGCUGUACGACGCCUACUACGAGGAGCUGGAGCAGUACGCCAACAACAAUCAGGGCGCCUUCGAGAACGGCGGCCCGAUUGUCCCCCCACCCCGCUUGUAUCAGCCUCGUGUGCACUCUCUCGACCGACAUUCACGCCUCCAUGGUCAUCACCAUCCCUCGCAGGGUCGGGUACAUGAGAUACCCGACGACGAGGAGGAGUUGGAAGAGGAUUAUGACGAGGACGACGAAGACGACGAGCCCUACAGCGACGACGACCUGGAAGACGAGGCCACCCGCAACGCCCGGGCAGACUUCUUUGCCUUUGGGAACAGUCUCACUGUGAAAGAUGGGAUCCUCACCGUGGCCGAUGACCUCUUAAAGAACGACGGGAAGCAUUUCAUCGACAUGAUGGAGCAGUUGGCGGAACGCCGCAUGCAACGCGAGGAAGAUACCCAGUACGGAAUGGCUGCGGCGCACCAGUCGCUCCAUGCCGGCCACAACCACGGGCCUCUCGACGAAGAUGACUACGAUGAUGAAGAGGACGACGACUACGACAGCCAGGAGGAUGAGGAUUACGAAGAAGAUGAAAUGAUAUUUGCCGCUCGAAUGUUCGAGCAACGAGUCUUGACCGCGUAUCGGGAAAAAGUCGCCGAACAGCGUCAGGAGCUCCUCCUCCAGGAAUUAAUGGAGGAGAAGAACCUGAACGAACAGCGUGAGGCGAAGAAAGCCCGUGAAGCGCAGAAGCGAAAAGACAAGAAGAGGCAGCAAAAGCAAGCUCGUGAGGAAGAAAGGGCUCGACGCGAGGCGGAGAAAGCGGCCGAAGAGGCUGCCGCUCGUGCAGCCGAGGAGAAGAAGCAGGAGGAACAAAGACGAAAACGAGAGGAGCAGCGCAAGAAGAAAGAGGCCGAAAAGAAAGCCCAGGAAGAGGAGCGUCUCCGAAAAGAGGCCGAGAAGCAGAGGCGUCUGCAGGAGGAACGCGAGCGGCAAGCCGAACAAGAGCGCAAGCAACGCGAGCAGAAAGAACGCGAACGGAAGAAACGCGAGGAGGCUAAGAAAAAGGAGCGCGAGGAGCGUGAAGCCAAAGAGCGCGAAGCUCGCGAGAAGAAAGCCAAGGAGGAACGAGAACGCAAGGCCCGGGAAGAACAGGCCAAGCGAGAGAAGGAGGCGGCGGCCAAGGCAGAGCAGGAAGCCAAAGAAAAAGAAGCCAAAGAGCGGACAAACCGCGAGGCGCAAGCUGCGUCUGCACCGUCCUCUCAACAACCUGCUGCCCCCGCUGCGAAACGAACAUCCCAGCCUGGGCCUGGGACGAUUCCUCCUCCUCCAGGCUUGCCGCACCCCCAGGGAACCUCCGCCGUGCAUUCUCCGCACUUCCAGGUCGCGACGCCCGUCGUGCCCAAGGCCCCGACUCCUGCCCGGCCCCGUCAGCCAUCGCAGCAAGGAUCUCACACCUCGUCACCGCAUUCCCAGCCUGCGACCAGCACUGAGCCUCUGGCCUCGAUCUCGCCGCAGACGUUGCCCGUGUCGCAGACGUCGGGGACUCCGACCAGCUCGUCCGGCAAGAUCGGUCUUCCCCAACAACAACAACAACAGCCGGUUUUGCAUCACCCUCAACCCUCGGCACCCCUGUCGCCGUUAGGAGGCGCGGGGAGGUCGCAUCCGCUUGGCUUCCCUGGCAUGAAUAAUGGGUUGCCUACGCAUCCUCCGCCAGGCAUAUCCGGGAUGGCGCCGCGUCCUGCCAUGGGCCAUGAGAAUAUCCCAUUGUACCCUCCGCACUCCGGGCCCGUUGGGAGUCAAUUCAGGGGCUUUCCCUCGCCGAAUGGGAUUCCCAUGCCUCCUCCCGGUAUCAACAAUGCUCGUCCCGUGCAACCGCCCGGUCGAGGGUUCCCUCUAGAGACCGGCCAUAACUUGCCGUUCUCCGGACAGCAACCGGUUCCGGGGCCAAUAUCCACCGCUCAACCGACAGGACGAUCGCAGGCCCAUUCCAGACAGGCAUCGGGCUCCUUUGAGAGGUCGCCUUUGGAGACUCAAGCUCCGAUUUCCCGACCAACGCCCAUCAAGCGUCCCUCAAGCCCGCAGAAGGAGGGAGAAAAGUCGGGGCAGUCGGAUGUGGAUGACUUGAGUGCGCAGCUAGGCAGUAGUGCGCUUCUGGACGAUACCGACAUUCCAUUUACGUCCAAUCUGUCCCAGUCCUUACCCGGUCCGCCACCUGUGCCAGGUCCUUUUGGCCCAUCUCGCGCAAGCUUCGGUGCUUCUCCGUUGUUUGCAGACCCGCUUGGUGGGCCCAAGCAUCCAGGAUUUGCAGGUUCAGGAGGCACCUGGGGUACACAGGGUCCGUUUGGAGUACCUGGAUUCCCAGGAGCGUCCACCUGGGGUACUGGAACUGGUGGUGGUUGGCCUAACCAUGCAUUCGGUAUUGGUGGGCAUCAUCGGGCGCACACUUCCCGGCCUGUCGCCAUUCGGUUGUUGGUCAUCCAAGCAUGCAAACAACUGAAUACCAUGAGUCCAUCCAAGGGCGCAUCCGGCUUCCAUGAUGUCAACCAAGUCCUUCGUCAGGUCGAGCAAUUGAAGCCGCCCAACGAGCCCCCUAUCUCUCUCAAUGAGAUGCUCGAUAUCUGCGACACAGAAGGCAAUCCCCAAAACGGUGGUGGCUCCUUCACGGUCAAGGAAGAAGGCGAUGUCAAGUAUGUCAAAUUCGAGCCGGACAACAACAGCACACUGUCGAGCCAGCGGGGGAAUCUCGUACCGGGUGACAUAGGUAGUCCUGUUCCCGGCAGCAGCGUACCGGCCUUUGGCGGCAUCGGGGCCGCGUCCGGGUCCAGGCAGUUCACGUCGCCGACGAGCUUCUAG